UAUUCUACUUAUCGUGUGAGUCGACAUUAGGCAGAGAAGAGUUCGAUGUCUGCGGAAAGGUCUUGAAUGUGUUACAACUGAAGGUGUGUUUGAUUCAUCGCCAACAGUUAAUUGUCAAAUGCUGUGCAGCUGGCAGUGUAUGACUGGACUGAUCGUCAAAAAGGAAUCAACAUGUAUUUAUUUUAUAUACAUCAGUUUUUCUCCAACAUGUGCCCCCCUCCUGCCAUUAAGUUCAAUGGCUUGGUAAACCAAGGGUCAACAUGUUACCUGAACAGUGUGCUGCAGGUGCUUUUUAUGACCAAAGACUUCAGAGAAGCUGUGGAAAGGCACACCAGUGAUAAUCCUGACACUGAGAAUAUUGAUCUUCAACUUGAAUCCCUGUUUGGUGACUUAAAAAGUGAAUCAGCAAACACCUUAAAGAUCACAAAGAAGCUCUGCAUCAAAAACGUUUAUGAACAGCAGGAUGCUGCUGAGUGCUUUGAGAAGAUUUUAGCUAAGACCAGUGAUGGUUCAUCACAGGUUUUUCUGCGGACAGCUGACACAUAAGACCAAAUGUUCUACAUGUAAUAAUGAGCAAGACACUGGUAGGGCAUUUUGGCAUCUUCCUCUUGCAUUGGCCGAUUCCGACAGUAGAAACUAUGGGGUGGUAAGAUUUUGACACAUUUUUCUGUUGCCAGGAGAUGAACCCAUUAUUACGGUGGCCCUGAAGUGCAAGACACCACAGCAUUUCACAAAACACAACAGUAUUUCUGAAAACGCCACAGCGCUUCAGAAAACGGACUGCUGCCAGUCAAGAAAUGACGCUUCGUGAUUGGCACAUCAGCCGUUAGCACCUAGCAC